UUUAACUUUCAAUGUGGUGACUGGUGUUACACGGUUGACUGGUGUUACAAGAUCCAGUGGUGUUACACACUUCAGACUGCCACCAUGAGCAGACUCCAAGCGGCCGUCUUAAUGACGUCAUUGUUUGUUUCAGUGCAGGCGAGCCUAGUACUGGACUUUAACUGUUUCGACUGGCAGUAUUGGGAAAAAGGCUCCUCCUGUCUGAUACAAGCCUACGGCUACUGCACCUGUCACCUGGUCAAUUCUACCGGAACUGUCACGUGGUACACCUCCAAAGGAAAACUGGCCAAUCAGGAGAUGGCGACCAAUCAGACCACGUCCAAGCUCAUUGUACAGUUUCCGGCGUCUAAGUCAGUUCGUAAUGAGACGUUUGUGUGUAAGGCCAUCUCCACUGGACAGCCCGAGCAGUUGGUCUUCAAGACACAGUAUUCUGAUGGCCCAGGUUCCAUCUCCUUAAGACUGGCCAACGCCACUUCAAACAACGUCGACCUUUGCCCAGGCAAGCCGAGGGAAGCAACGGUCUACUGUGAGGUCCCAGCGUCCUCCAUCUACCCCGAGCCGUGGUUCCACAUGUCGAGUAACGGGAGCCGGCUCUUCAACUACGACCUGUUCCUGGGCAACCUGAGUGACGGCACGUACAGGGUGACCCACCAGGCUAGGCUCACCACCCCCGGGGAGCUCAGUCUUAGCUGCAUGGCUUUCAACAGCUGCCACAAGAUUAACGUCAUACAAAGCUAUCUUAAGCUCAAUGUCCGAGAACCCCCCACGUCGGCGCCAGAGCUUUAUGUGAACGACCAGAAGUUCAACUCUAGCGGCACUGCGCAUGUCACCGCCGUCAGCAUGGUGACGGUGACGUGCUCCGUCACUGGCGUUCUGCCCGCGGUGUCCAGCGUCACGGUCCGGUGUGGCACCGUCACGGUGACGUCACAGGGCAGCGUGGUGUACCUGCAGAAGAUCCGCGCCAGGCUGGGGUCAAGCUGCACGUGCACCGCUCGUCACGUGACCAACUGUUACGUCAACAACACAACAACGGUCACCUUGGUCGAUAUUUGAUUGAUUAUGUAAAAUGUAAUAUAACAUAACGGAAAUACAGCAGUACCAAUUGAUGAUGUACAUAAUAUGUAAGA